AAUGAAGACAAUAAUCCUUGCCUUAGCACUCAUCGUGUUAGCCUCAUCAACAUAAGCUGAUGUCAUUGCAACAAUCAAGAAGAUUGAUUAAUCACCAUUCGGAAGAACAUUGUUCGACACCAUCUGGCUCGAACUCUAAACAGGAGAUCCAUUGGACAGAUUACUCUAAACCUUGACAGAUUUGGAAGACAGAUAUGUUGCUGAAUAAAAGGAAGACGAUGCCAGAAACCACGAAUACUAAGAUGCAUGCACAGUUGUAAGACAUAUACACUUAUACAAUUCUAGGACAUCUCAGCUUUCGAUAAGGAUUUGGCUGAAUCUAACAGAAAGAAGAUUGAAUUAGAAGCUAGAUUAGAAGGAUAAUUAUACCCAUAAAGAGGAAUCUUAUAAGGAUUGGUUGCCUAAAAAUAAGCUGAAGUCAAGGGAUACUAAAAGGAUUUAGAUGAACUCGAUGCUUAAAGAGCUGAAGAAAACGCUGACUUCGAAGAGAAAGUCUUAGAACACUAAGAAGCCACAGCUAUCAUUGCUGAAGCUAGAAGACUCUUCGCUGAUAACAUUGAACACGAAUCCUUCAUCUAAAAAGGAAAAGCCACAAGAUAACCAGUUCACAAAUUCACCNUGGACAUCAAUAUAUUAAUGAAUCACAAAGAUUCACAACUAAACAUCUUAUAGAUAUGCCUUGUGAUGAUGAAUUUUCUUAGUUUUUUAAAGAAGAUGAUGAUAAUUAAAGUAAUUUUAAGAAUACCUAAAAAAAUGCUAAUCAUUAAAAUUAAAUUAGUCAAUAAACAAAAGAAAAAAUCUUAGAUUUGCUCUUUCUUUCAACUGGAGAAUUGAAAAAAAAA